CAGCUAUUGCACAGCCAAAGACCAUCCCAGCGGCAUGACCGUGUCACUCAAAGCAGUGCCGGAGCUAUGGGCAUUUUUGCGGGCUAAAGUCAUGUCAUCUGAGACAUUUAAUUGGACCCGAGCCGCCACAGGGGGGACAGCGGACGGCAUUCCUCCCCUGCCUGCGCCCUGUUGUGUUGCUCUGCGCCGCGUGGCUGCGAGGGUCCGGCCGGAUAACGUGUCCAUGUCCCCCGCGAAGUUGAGCUGCUGGAGUUCCUCUUGAGUGUUGCGGACGCCUUCACUGUGAAAACUUCAGAAUACAGAACAAUAUAGUUGGAGUCUGAAGAAGGGAAGUGGAGGUCAGCUCCUGAGGAGAGGUACUUGUGCCAUCUUUGGCUUUGGGAUUUGCGCAGAGAGACGAGCUGCGCUUUUUUUUUUUUUCCCUGAAGAGACCUCAGCUGUGGUCCGACGGGGAGCAAACAACAAUUUGGGACCGAGGACGUUGCCUACACUGCCACCUGAUUUUAAACUUCAUCAAACUGAAUUUCCUGGGUCGUGUUCGUAGCUGCCUCAGCUCUGUUUUGUGCCUGUGGCCUCGUGAAGGGAUAAAUGAUCACCUCAACCAGACGAGUGUCUCCUGAUAAAUCUGAAGUUAGAAUCGCCUUCAGCCUCGACGACACAUCAGAUGUCAAAGAUGUGGAGGACCUCGCUCAGACUUUCCCGGAUCUUGAACAGCGAUUACAGCCAGUGCCCCCCUGUGUGUCUCUGAGGGAGAGCGUUCAGGUUUACAAGGAACACUGCAGGAUGGCGAGAGAGUUCCACCAGGUCAAACAUGAGAUCACCGCGCUUGAGGACCGCAAGCGUAAGUUGCUGGCAGAGCUGGUAGAGGAUGAGAAGGUUGCCAUGGAGAUUGCCCGCCUGGAGGAGGAGUUUCGGCGUCUGACAGAGGAGAACCGCAACUUGGUGACUGUCCACAACGAGCGCGCUCAGCAGCUCGAGAGGCUCUGCCUGACCAAUCGAACGAGGCAGGACUCCUCGUGACCUCUGACCUCCGCAGAACCUGAGACCUCCAGACAUCCAGCUGACACCAGGCCAGGAAAAGAAAAUACCAAGCAGGAAUGAAGGCUCAGCUUUAGUGCUCAGUCUGCACAACUACAUCCUGUGAAUCAGCUAAUUACACAGAAAAGAAGCCGUGUUUGUUCACGUCUGAGUCAUUUUGUUUGUUCAUCAGUGUGAAGUUGUGAUAGUGAUUCUACCAGGCCUUGACACAAGGGCAUUUUUCUGCGUCCCAUUUUGUGAUGAUGUGAUGUUGCAGAACCUUUGCUGGUCACUAUAGCAAUAACCACACAGUAAAUGUUCAUACAGUGUCAGCUGCUGUGAAUGUGACCAGAUAUUCUGAUAUCCGUCUCAGGUCCUGUGGAGACUCUGAGGUCUGUGGAGGGAGCCAAAGGUGGUAUGAUGUGGUCCAAAUCUCGUAUUUUGAAGAGUGUUUCCCCUCUCUCUCUCUCUCUCUCCUUCUCUCUCUCUCCCCCUCUCUCCUCCCCAAUACCUGUCAUGUUCCUCUUAUGGUAAAACAGAAAUGAGAUGAGUGUUGGGCGCAGUGGUAGGGAAUGGGGAAUCAUAGCCAUUUGUGCGGAACAGCAAAUGAACAAGGGGUGAUCACCCAUUUCUCAAUAAGUGUGUGCUGCGGCACAACACUGUAGUAAGAGUUGUACAUUUUUUUUUUUUUUGAUGUAGCGUGUCUCACUCAACUGUAGAAGGGGAAGCAUACAACAGGAUAAACUUGUCACUUAUCAUCUUCGUCUAAUAAUAAAAUGCAUUUUAUUUUAACACCAGCA